UAGCACAAGCUGGGAUGUCCCUCCAGGAACAGCUGGCCGUGUGGAUAUACUUUGCAUUGACCAUUUCUUCUUCAAUCAUUAAUAGGAUGCUGAGCCCCGUCGGUGAAGAGCUUUUACCCCGCUGCCCCCUCUGUGUUGCCCGCAGCCCCGCCAGGAUCUGAGGGCAGAUCGGUGUCAUUUAUGUUGUAUGUGUUACCGAGAUCGCCCGAGAUCCCAGUAUUUGCAGUCGGUGUGUUGCUCUUUCACCAACAUGUCUGCUCCUCUCGGGCCCAGGGGCGGCCCUUUGCCUCCUGCUCAGAAACAGGAUGCCUUGCCAGAGAUGCCGGACCUCAGCCACCUUACCGAGGAGGAGCGGAAGAUCAUCCUCGCGGUUAUGGAGCGACAGAAGAAGGAAGAGGAGAAGGAGCAGUCCGUACUCAAGGUCAAAGAAGAGCAAAAACCACAGCUGACGCAGUGGUUCCCCUUUAGUGGGGUCUCUGAGCUGGUAAAUAACAUUCUACCAUCGCAGCCAAAACCCGGGAAGGAAACUGAGACGAAAUUGCACCAGCAGUUUGAAAUGUACAAAGAACAAGUGAAACAAAUGGGUGAGGAAGCCCAGCAGCAGCAGGAGCAAAAGAGUGAUGCCCCCACGUGCGGGAUCUGCCACAAAACAAAGUUCGCAGACGGCUGUGGCCAGAACUGUUCGUAUUGCCAAACAAAAUUCUGUGCGCGUUGCGGAGGACGAGUGUCAUUGCGCUCUAACAAGGAGGACAAAGUGGUUAUGUGGGUAUGUAAUUUGUGCCGAAAACAACAAGAAAUCCUCACCAAAUCAGGAGCCUGGUUCUACAAAAGUGGGUCAAAUACACCACAGAAGCCUGGAGAAGAAAACCAGGCAGGGCUCCAGAACGAAGAAGCACCUCAGGAGAAAAAAGCUAAACUACAGGAGCAAUCCCAAUACCAGGGACCCUCAGGGGACUUAAUAACACCAGCCACAGACAAUAACCGAUCACAAGGAAUCGUAAGACAAGACUCCAUUAAAAAUGGUUCUGGAGUGAAGCACCCAAGUGACAUACCAUCAGACAGGAAAAGAAGUCCAUCGAUAUCUAGAGACCAGAAUCAAAGAUACGACACAAGGGACGAUCUAGGUGAACAUUCACAGUAUGCUCCAUCAGACAGCGCCAUGCCUAGGUCACCAUCGGAUUAUUCUGACAGGCGACUGCAGCGGGGGCCUCAAAUGUAUGAUGAUCCUGAGCAUGGUGACUACAGGAGAACCCGGCGGCGGUCUAACGAGUAUAUGGUAGACGAGGAAGACCUCCAGGACAGAGAAGAAUAUGAGAGACAGAGGAGAGAAGAGGAAUACCAAGCAAGGUAUAGAAGUGACCCUAAUUUGGCCAGAUACCCAGUUAAGCCACAACCUUAUGAGGAGCAAAUGCGAAUCCAUGCUGAGGUAUCUAGGGCAAGACAUGAAAGAAGGCACAGCGAUGUUUCUUUGGCACACACAGAAUUGGAGGAAUCUCGUAUGUCCAUGUUGAGGCUUGAGAGGACACCAAGACAAAGGUCUGCAUCUGAGCGUAGAGCAGCCAUGGAAAGCCAACGUUCUUAUUCUAUAGAAAGAACUAGAGAUGGUCAGGGGCCGAGUCCGGGUCGGCAAAGGACCUCAAACCAUAGCCCCCCAACUCCUAGGAGGAGCCCUAUACCUAACGAUAGGGCAGAAAUGAGGCGAACAGAUUCAUUGCGGAAGCAGCACCACCUAGAUCCAAGUUCUGCUGUGAGGAAAACCAAAAGGGAAAAAAUGGAAACCAUGUUGCGGAAUGAUUCCUUAAGUUCAGACCAAUCUGAAUCUGUCCGACCACCACCCCCUAAGCCUCACAAAACAAAAAAAGCUGGUAAAAUGCGUCAGAUUUCACUGAGCAGCUCAGAAGAGGAGUUGGCAUCUACACCAGACUACACAAGCUGCGAUGAUGUGGAGAUUGAAAGUGAAAGUGUUAGUGAAAAAGGGGACAGUCAAAGGGGAAAAAGAAAAACUAGUGAGCAGUCAGUUAUGUCGGAUUCUAACACCUUGUCUGAAAGACAAAAGAAAAUGUUGUGCUAUGGAGGCCACUCAUUGGAAGAGGAUUUGGAAUGGUCUGAGCCCCAGAUUAAAGACUCUGGGGUAGACACGUGUAGUAGCACCACCCUAAACGAGGAGCAUAGCCAUAGCGAGAAGCACCCCGUUACCUGGCAGCCGUCCAAAGAUGGAGAACGCCUAAUCGGCCGCAUUUUGUUAAAUAAGCGGCUGAAAGACGGGAGCGUUCCUCGAGAUUCGGGAGCGAUGCUUGGACUUAAGGUCGUAGGGGGGAAAAUGACAGAGUCAGGUCGGUUGUGCGCCUUUAUCACCAAAGUGAAGAAAGGAAGUCUGGCAGACACAGUAGGCCACCUCCGACCAGGCGAUGAAGUUUUGGAGUGGAACGGUCGGUUUUUACAAGGCGCCACAUUUGAAGAAGUUUACAAUAUUAUUCUGGAAUCCAAACCAGAGGCACAAGUAGAAUUAGUGGUCUCCAGACCGAUAGGAGAUAUACCCAGGAUACCUGAUAGCACACAUGCACAGCUGGAAUCCAGUUCUAGCUCCUUUGAAUCCCAGAAAAUGGAUCGCCCUUCUAUAUCCGUUACAUCCCCCAUGAGCCCAGGAAUGUUAAGAGAUGUUCCCCAGUUUUUAUCUGGACAACUUUCAAGCCAAAGCCUUAAUAGAAGAACCGCGCCUUUUGUCCCUAGGGUUCAGAUAAAACUCUGCUAUGACAAAGUCGGCUAUCAAUUGAUUGUCACUAUAUUAGGGGCAAAGGAUCUGCCACCGAGAGAAGAUGGGAGACCAAGAAAUCCUUAUGUUAAAAUUUAUUUUCUUCCAGAUCGAAGUGAUAAGAACAAAAGAAGAACAAAGACCAUGAAGAAAACACUGGAGCCCAAAUGGAACCAAACAUUCAAUUAUUCUCCGGUUCAUCGGAGAGAGUUUCGGGAACGAAUGUUGGAAAUUACACUUUGGGAUCAAGCCAGAGUCCGAGAAGAAGAGAGUGAAUUUUUGGGAGAGAUAUUAAUUGAAUUAGAAACUGCACUAUUAGAUGAUGAGCCACAUUGGUACAAGCUUCAGACGCACGAUGUGUCCUCAUUGCCACUACCCCAUCCAUCCCCAUUUAUGCAAAGGAGGCAGCUGCACGGGGAGAGCCCAGCAAGGAGGUUACAACAUACAGGCCCAUAUUCAUAUAAUUCAGGAUCCAAGAGAAUAAGCGACAGCGAAGUGUCUGAUUACGACUGUGAUGACGGAGUCGGUGUCGCAUCGGAUUAUCGGCACAACGGGCGCGAUCUCCAGAGUUCAACAUUAUCGGUUCCAGAGCAAGUGAUGUCAUCGAAUCAUUGUCCUCGGACCGGACCUCCGAAUGUAGAUAGUAUAGGAAGAACAAGAUCUUGGUCUCCUAGCGUACCUCCCCCUCAAAGGAGUAUGGAACAAGGACCAAGAACGGCGAGGUCUGGCCCUGCACAUUAUAAUACCACAAGCCGAGUGGAGAGGCAUCGCGUGUCAGAUAACCACUACUCCCCAGACAGAGAAAGGAAUUGUGACGCAGCAGAUAGAGGGCCAUAUCAAAGAUCCAGGUCAACCGAACAACGGCCUGUGCUAGAGCGGACCACCUCCCGCUCCCGAUCCACUGAGCGCCCAGACUCAAACCUCAUGAGGUCGAUGCCUUCAUUAAUGACGGGAAGAUCUGCCCCUCCUUCACCUGCCUUAUCGAGGGCGCACCCUCGUACGGGCUCUGUACAAACAAGUCCCUCAGGCACUCCAUUAGCAGGACGUAGGGGUCGACAGCUUCCUCAGCUUCCACCCAAGGGGACGCUGGACAGAAAAGUUACUUGGGAAGACCAGCUGGGGAAGGUGAAUGGUGCAAUAACAGAUGACAAACAAUUACCGAAAAAGAAACACCAUUCUGAGACAGAAGAUGUGGACCUGCCACGGAGACGAAACUCAGAAGAAAAGACCACAGAACAAGAGAAUGAGGAUCCAGGUGCAAUGGAUGUAGAAGAGAGAACGCGGCAGAUGAAAAUUAAGAAUAACAAGCACAAGCAAAUCACAGGAUCAGAUUCCAGGCUAGAAAAAGAUUACAAGCACCGGGCUGGCCGUGAUCCUCAGAGGGGGUCAGACAAUGUUUCCAACAAGUCAUCAGACAGCGACGUUAGUGACGUUUCCGCUGUUUCAAGGACAAGCAGCGCCUCUCGUUUCAGCAGUACAAGCUACAUGUCUGUCCAGUCGGAACGGCCCAGGGGUAACAAGAAAAUAAGAAGAUUUAAAGAAAUAGUGGGUAGGGGAGAGGGUAAAGAGGAGGGUCACGGAGGGGAGAAUCACAAGGACAUGGGGCUGCCCGAAGAAGAUGAGGAGGAAGUGAGACAGGAAGGAGAGAGUGAGAAGGGUGCAGAGGUGCAAAUAAUAAGUGAGAACUGCGCCAAGGGAGAAAGGAACGAGUCUGUAGAGGAACAGGGUGUGCAUGAUGAGCGAGAGACACAGAAAUCAGAACAGGAACAAGGUCAAAAGGAAAGUCUCACAAGAAGGUUAUCAGAAAAUGACAUCAGUGUCUUUACAUCCCGAAUGCAAAGCAGACAGAUGGGUGUCUCUGGGAAGAACAUGACAAAGAGCACCAGCAUCGGAGGGGAUAUGUAUACGUUGGAGAAGAAUGAUGGCAGCCAGUCUGACACAGCGGUGGGCACGGUGGGUGCAAGUGGCAAGAAGAGGCGAUCUAGCAUCGGAGCCAAAAUGGUGGCCAUCGUAGGCUUGUCAGGAAAAAGUCGAAGUACCUCACAGCUCAGCCAAACAGAAGUCGGAAGUAAGAAGUUGAAAAGCACCAUCCAGAGAAGUACCGAAACCGGCCUUGCAGUGGAGAUGAGAAACUGGAUGACCCGCCAGGCGAGCCGAGAAUCUACAGAUGGAAGCAUGAACAGCUACAGCUCGGAGGGAAACCUGAUAUUUCCUGGUGUGCGGCUGGGAUCUGAUAGCCAGUUCAGCGACUUUUUGGAUGGUCUUGGUCCUGCACAGUUAGUGGGUCGUCAGACCUUAGCUACUCCUUCAAUAGGAGAUAUUCAGGUUGGAAUGGUGGAUAAGAAAGGACAGUUGGAGGUUGAAGUGAUCAGAGCGCGGGGUCUUGUUGUAAAACCAGGGUCAAAGACACUGCCAGCACCCUAUGUCAAGGUGUAUCUUUUGGAGAAUGGAGUCUGCAUAGCCAAAAAGAAAACAAAAGUAGCAAGAAAAACGCUGGAGCCUUUAUAUCAGCAACUGUUAUCUUUUGAAGAUUCACCUCAAGGAAAAGUCCUGCAGAUAAUCGUUUGGGGUGAUUAUGGACGCAUGGAUCACAAGUCCUUCAUGGGUGUUGCCCAAAUCCUUUUAGAUGAACUGGAACUGUCCAACAUGGUGAUUGGGUGGUUUAAACUCUUUCCUCCCUCCUCUCUGGUAGACCCCACGCUAGCUCCUCUCACUCGAAGAGCCUCUCAAUCCUCUCUUGAAAGUUCCACAGGACCUUAUGCUCGUUCAUAGCAUCUGUGAAAAACUGUUGUCUCUGCAACCAGCGUUACAAAAAACAAAAAUCAAACAUGGAAACACAAGAAAACUAAAUAUGACAGGUCGCGAACCCUGGUAAACACUGCAUGCUUAAUGUUGUGUCUUCUGAGCCCGUUUCUAGGGAUACCAAGCGAUCCUGUGUUCUCAGAGGAAGUUGCACACAUUGUGCUCUAAAGAAGGCCCUCAGGUGAAGAUCGAGUGGAGUUAAAUAAUACCAACAUGUUUGGAGACAAGUGAAGCUCAGUUCAAGUUGAAUCUGAAGCCAUGGACUACUGACGCUAAAAAAAAUAAACACAAAAUUAUUUCACGCAACAGAAGUCAUCUCCAGUGACAUAUCAUGUUGUUGCUAGUUUUUCCUUUUAUAUAUAUAUCAAUCCCCAAAGAGUGGGUUCACCUAAGGAGGCGAUCUAAACGAGCAAACCAGAAAAACGUAAGAUGUCCGAAGAAAGCAAAAUGAAGUGGACAGAACUCCACGAGACCAGUGUUAUUAAGGACGGUUACUAAGGGAUAAAACACAGUCCACUGCUCUGGAACAGCAUACAUGCAAAACAAGAACCCAUUAUUUAAUGAUCUUUCAUGGGGAGAAUUUUCUGUACUGUAAGAAAUCAAAAGAAACAUUAUUUUUAAUUUAAUUUUACUUUAUUUUUUUAUUUUAUUUUUUGUGCAUGGACAUAAAUCUAAGCGAACACUACAAUUAUUUUCUUUGGGCUGCAACUUGCAAAAAAAAAAAAAAAAAAAGGAAGAAGGAAACAGCCAUUUCCAACAAUUUAUAUUAUUUUUAAAGGAAAAAAAAAAGAAGAAAAUUCACUAGUGCAUGGUUUUAAAUGGGAGAGAAUGCAACAGCGUGAUACGAAGACAAAAACACGUUUCUCAUUCUUAAAAACAAAUCAUGAUCUGUGUUUUUGCAGACAUAUGUAAUAAAAAAAAAAGAUUAAAAAAAAAAUAAGGAAAAAGAAAUAAAAAAUACUUUCUAGCAAAAUAUUUAAAAUCCUGUUUAUGUGACAAGAAAUAAAUGUAACAUAUACAAUUUAUUUAAAUGUAAAAGUUACAAGCCUUGUAAAGUUUAACAUUAUGUGCAAAUUGUACAUGUCUCUUUCUCUCUUCUGACCUUCGUUGACCUUACAUGAACCUAUUUUCGCAUUGUGUCUGUCCCAUACCAGUCCUUUUUUGUUUUUUUAGCCCAUUCCUGCCUUUUCAUUGACCAGUUCAAAGAAAUGACAACUUUGUCCGUCAGCUGCUGUUUCCCCCGAUGUUCCAACAAAUAUUGCAUUUAUUUUUUUUCUACAGCAGACAAAAUCUAUAUUUUUUUUGUCUAGAAGGUGGUGCAAAUAGGUGUGACGUUUGUCCCUCCUGCGCUCAAAAAGAUAAACCUUGUGAGUGUUGAAGGCGCUUGUAAAACGUUUCGGUUUUCAUUAUUUUAUGGGUUUUUGCCGGCAAUUUUGACGCUCUCUGGAUAGCAACCAUUCUUUAUGUCAGGCAUGUUCAAAUACUUUUGCAACAUGGCUUGAGAAUACCUAAGAUAAUUCCGCAUGUAUUUGAUAUAGAAGAUAUUUUAUCUUUUUUUUUUUCUUGUACAGUGCAUGGGAAAUAUUUUUUUUUUUUCACCAUCAAAUUGAGUCUUACAGCAAAAAUACUGGAAUUACGUGGCCAUUGUAAAAUGUCUGAAAUUAUUUUUUUCGGCGCCCUACAUUAGUAUAUUUAAGGGUGAAACUGAAACUACUAUGAUAAAAAUAAAAAAAGAAAAAUUAGAAUGUUAACUAUUUUUAAAGACGGAAGUCAUUUUUUUGCACUUUUUUUCAGGGGUUUAUGUCAUACCAGGUAAAAGUUCUGAUUUAUAAUCUCAGUGCUUUGAAAUUUAGAAUGAGCAGUUACUUGGUGUAUUGUUAUAGAACCCAUGUGCUACGUGUGUGACCAAAUGAAUACUUUUCCAAUUUUUUUUUUUGUUUUUUAAUGAGGAUUUAUCAUCAAAUUGUAAAAUGCUUUGAGCACCAGGCUGCAGAACUCGAUGACCUCAUAACAUUUAAAUAAAAGAAUGAGGUUCCUGGAAUACAUCACUUUACACCCAAUCCUAGUUUCUUGCUUGUUAAUAAUAAUAUUUUUUUUUUCAUAAAAUGGCAUUGAAUUUUUAAUAUAAAAAAUAUAAAUUAGGUGACUGUAAGCGUACAUAAUGUAAACGUGCAUAAAUAUUCUGGGUGCGUAUACAUUACCUUUAUUUCUAUGCAGACCGUUACUCACAUGUAAGUUUGCGUUUUAUAUGUGAAUAGACAUGUUUAUGUGUGUAUACAAAUCCAUGGCUACAUGGAAUAAUCGGCAACACGGACAGUUUUAUUUAAAAAUUCCUGUGUUAUACAAAAAAAAAUUAUAACAAAAAAAAAAAAAUCAGAUUAUGGCGUGAAUACUUGAUUCUCCCCAAAAGACCGAUAGUAGCCUCAGAAAAAAAUAAUGAAUGCCUUUUUUAAAAAUUUACAUAGGAAAAAAAAAACGACUGUUUCCAUGCAGUAGUUAGAUUACCAAAUAUUAUGUUAUUAUAAUAUAAACUAAAUCUGUUUAUCAAAAAAAAAAAUCCUAGAUGGUUGUGAACCAGCAAGUUACAAAACCAGAAUUUACCAUCUACAGUAUCAUCAUGCCACAUCUAAAAAAUAAAAACCGUUUCUGGUAUUGAAAAUGCAGUGUAAUAUGUUAUUUUCUGGAAAUCCCAAAAUGCAUUUUUUCUUUCUAAUUUUUAUAGGGAGAACAAGACCGUAUAUAAGAUUUGUACAUACAUAUCAUUAUGCAGUAUUUAUUUUGAAAAUAAAAGGGUUGAUGUAUUUUUUUUUUAUUAUUAUUAUUUUCACAUAAUGUCUGCAGUUUUGGAUAUGGUCCAGGCCAUAUCGAGCGCACUAUUCCAGUGAAUACUGCAGCUUUGUAAAUAGGAUGUUUUCAAAGCAAAAAAAAAGGAAACCGCAGUUGGAUGAAGUGGCAGAUUACUCCUGCAAAGAGCACCAACUAAUGUAAAGCAUAUAAAUUACGGUGGUGGUAUUUAACACUUUAAAUAAAACAUUUUCUUUACA